AUGGCAACAACCACAGUCACCGGUCAUGGACGCCGGCCAUCCAUGCGACAAGCCGAGUUACCAACACCAACGAAACCGUCCCAACCAACAAGUAGCCCAGUCGACCAAUUUCCUCCUUACGAAGAGACCCUUGACUCCGCCCUAGGGACGAACCACCCGACCCCCGGCUCCUCUGUGAAAUAUGCAAGCAACGAUCUUUGGGAACCUCGCAAGUCGACAUUCUACUCGCGAGAUAAUGCCAAUGGUUCUAUAAGAAAUCCCAAACAUCGACCGCGGAAAAGCAUCAGCGAAGCCAUCACCACAAUCCGAAACCGCAAUGGCAGUAUGAGCGCCAAUGCGCAUGAGCUGGCGGAGGCCCUUCGUGCCCCAGUCUCGUAUCGUCUAAUUGGCCUCUGCGUGGUAUGGUACCUAACUUCCGCGCUCACCAACACGUCCUCGAAAUCCAUUUUGAAUGCGCUACCAAUGCCCAUCACCUUGACCAUCAUUCAAUUCGCCUUUGUCUCAUUCUGGUGUCUGCUACUGGUGUAUCUAUCCACGGUGAUACCAUGGCUUCGCCAAAACUUGCCAGUGCUAAAGCAGGGAAUCCGUUAUCCCUCCCGCGACGUGAUCUCUACCGCGCUUCCCCUGGCUGUCUUCCAAUUAGCAGGACAUAUCCUCAGCUCUAUGGCGACUUCCCAGAUCCCCGUAUCGUUGGUCCAUACAAUCAAAGGAUUGUCCCCUCUGUUCACCGUGCUGGCAUACCGAGUUUUGUUUCGAAUUCGAUAUGCUCGUGCUACGUACCUCUCUCUGAUCCCCCUCACUCUUGGAGUCAUGCUUGCUUGCUCUACAGGAGUAUCAACCAACUUCUUUGGAAUCGCCUGCGCUUUUCUAGCUGCUAUUGUCUUCGUGUCCCAGAAUAUUUUCUCCAAGAAACUCUUCAAUGACGCGGACCGAGCAGAGGCUGAUGCGGCGAACCCCGCGCGGCGGAAGUUGGACAAGCUUAAUUUGCUGUGCUAUUGCUCCGGUCUAGCAUUCUUUCUCACUCUGCCUAUCUGGUUUGUCAGUGAGGGGUAUCCCUUGGUAUCAGACUUUAUCCAUGAUGGUGUGAUUUCCCUUUCGGGCAAACAAGGCUCCCUGGAUCAUGGAGCCCUCGUCAUUGAGUUCAUUUUCAACGGUGUUUCUCAUUUUGCCCAGAACAUUCUGGCAUUUGUGCUGUUAUCUAUGGUCUCUCCAGUCUCCUACUCGGUUGCCUCAUUGGUAAAACGAGUUUUCGUUAUCGUGGUCGCAAUUGUGUGGUUUGGAAGCACAACCACCUCUAUUCAAGCUGUUGGCAUCGCUCUUACUUUUCUGGGUCUGUACCUGUAUGAUCGCAACAGCCAUGACGAUGUUGCUGACCAACGCGCGAAUGCUGACCACUUCCGGGUCAACGGGACUAUUCUUCCCAUGAACGUUCGACAUUCCAAUAAGGCAUGGGACUCGAAUGGCUAUGCGUUCCCUGGUCCACGGUCCUUUGAUUCUUUCUCAUCUAACAAUUCCCAUGCUACGAACAGCUCUAAGAAAGAAGACGAUGGUCCUGGAAGAGUCCGGCCUCGGGGAAUGAGCAAUUCCCGGACUUGGCUUCCUGGAACCAAGCAAGAAUCAACAUGGAAACCAAAUGAUUCGUCCACGAGCUCAUAG